CUCCAUUCUCUCUUCUUUUUAGAACGUCUGCUGGCGUCACUCGCGGAGAGUUCCGCAUUCCACAGCGCCCAGAGAUACAUAAACGCGCUGAUGCAACGGGAACAGACGCGCAAACGAGCUGAACGGACGAGCAACCGCCAACUCUCAGCAGCGAACAACAGCGAUGAUGCCUGGUCAAAUCCCUGAUCUGCUGAUGACGGCCGGUUCUCUGCCCAGCGUCGGUCCUCUGGCUGGCAUUCCCGCCACCACCCUGACAGACCAGCUCAAACUAGCAGAGCUCUACAGCCUCGGUGCGGUUCUGUCUCCUCUCAUCCUGAACAGACACGCCAAGAGACCGUUCGACGUCAUCAAGGGUGAGGAAGGUGACGAUGACGAACGCAAGAAAAGAAGGCGAGAGAAAAAUAAAGUCGCAGCCGCUCGCUGUCGGAACAGAAAGAAGGAAAGAACGGACUUUCUCCAGAAGGAGUCCGAACGGUUGGAGACGCUGAACUCGGAGCUGAAGUCUCAGAUCGAGGAGCUGAAAUCUGAGCGGCAGCAGCUGAUCGUGAUGCUCAACCUCCACCGGCCCACGUGCAUCGUCCGCACAGACAGCGUAAAGAGCCCCGAGAGCGACCAGCGAUCCGAGCAGUCCGACUGAACACCACACCACAAACACACAGCUGCUGUCACUCUGGACACUAGGACAGGAAGAGGAAUACGCAGGACAUUCACUGGCAGACCAAACAGUCUGGGAUUUCUUGUAAAAAUAACCAACAUCCUGUCAGUGUCAAUUUCAACAUGAAGAAAAAAGGGAGGAGAUUUGUGUGGACAACAAACAAACCUCCCCGAGAUCAUCCAAAAAGCUCAAAGACGUUUGAAACGCGCUCAUAAAGCUGCAGGUGUUGAUCUGAGCGAUUCCUCCAGCGGCCUGCAGAUGGCGCUGUCUGAUAAACUGUUCACUGACGCUGGCGUCUCUAUGGACCGAUUGUAUAUAGUACUAUUUAUUGUAUGUAGAUUUUUACUGUGCCAUCACAUGAUAUGGUGAAUUGUAUGUGUUUAAUCUUCAGAGUGUCUGUUGAACGGCCACUUUUGUUACCACAUAAUGUUUCUUUGUUACAUGAAGCCACAUUAAAUAAAGCCUAUUUUUCAAAUACAA